CUCUGUUUAAUUGAAACUAAAGAACAUUUUUUUUGUGAAUUGUUUUCUUCAAAAGAGGGAGAAAAUUGGGUCAAAGCUUCAUUUGACGUUAUCGACGAUUUGCUAUUUUCAAGUGAAAGAGGAAAUCACCACAAAAGCUGCUUGAGAGAGAGAGAGAAAGCUCAGAGUUUAAAUCAGUAAUGGCUUCGAAGCUUGUAGUGAUAAUUGUGCUCAUCCUCGAUCUCAUCGCCGUUGGGUUAGCCAUUUCCGCCGAGCAGAGAAGAAGUGUCGGCAAAGUUAUGACGGACAAUGAGAAGGCAUAUGAGUACUGUGUAUAUGGCACGGACAUUGCUACGAGCUAUGGAGCUGUUGCAUUCGCACUCCUCUUUAUAAGCCAGGUCCUUAUUAUGGUGGCUAGCCGUUGCUUCUGCUGUGGAAAGUCCCUUAACCCCGGCGGUUCAAGAGCUUGUGCUAUUCUUCUCUUCCUCAUUUGCUGGGUAUUCUUCCUGAUUGCUGAAAUAUGUUUGCUUGCGGCAUCAAUCAGAAAUGCUUACCACACAAAGUAUAGGAAGAUGUGGAACAAUGAUAAUCCGCCGAGCUGUGAAGUUAUAAGGAAAGGAGUGUUUGCAGCUGGUGCUGCAUUUACCCUCUUCACUGCUAUCGUCUCUCAGUUCUAUUACGUUUGCUACUCUCGUGCUCGUAAUGCUUACCAGAAUCCGUCUUACUAAAAAACGUUACUUUCACAGCAAGCAACGUUUAGCAUCCGGUACUGUCUUCUUGUGGUGAUCGCUCAGUUUGUUUAGUAUCCGGUACUGUUACUUAUCCGAUAGGGUGUUUUGGAUUUGAUGGUGUCGACAAGAAACACUGAGAUAUGAUUGUUUCUUGUCAUCAGUCAUUGUAUGUUGUCAUGUGUCAUGUAAUGUAUAAAGAUAGAGUAGAAAACAUGUUUUCUGAUUCACUGUU